AUGCAGGAGGUGACCCUGAGCCUGUUCAUGCUCCUGGCAGGCCUGCCUGCCCUGGAUGCCAACGACCCAGAAGAUAAAAACAGUCCUUUCUACUAUGACUGGCACAGCCUCCGGGUCGGUGGGCUCAUUUGCGCAGGGGUGCUGUGCGCCAUCGGCAUCAUCGUUCUUAUGAGUGAGUGGAGGAGCUGGCAGGAGUGGGCAGGGCGGGGCUGGGGUCCCCUCCCUUGAACACUCACCUCUCCCCCAACAGGCGGGAAAUGCAAAUGCAAGUUCAGCCAGAAGCCCAGUCACCGUCCAGGGGAUGCGCCACCUCUCAUCACCCCAGGCUCGGCCCAUAACUGCUGAGGACAGACCA